UGAACACAUUCAAAUUACUUCAGCUUGGUUACCAUCGAAUAAUCAUGCCUAAAGGAAAUAUAUCUGGUGUAAAACAACGAGUUACAAAGAAAAGUUUUAGUGGUAAGAAAAGAAAGGCUUUCAAAGGUAUCCCAAAGCACAGAAAGAUCGCGGAAAAUGCAUCGAAGAGACCUAAGAUUGGAGAUCACGUUUGUUGGUGAGGAUGACGUGGUAAGCGAGCAAAUUCCGGAGCCUCGUGCCUGUGUUUCUUCGAGAAAGCUACAGAAAAGUGACAAUGAAAGUGGAUCUGAUGAGGAUAUUUCUCAUGAAAUGCCAGUGGCCAAGCUAAGGGGUAUCGGCUUGUGCACAUGGAAAGUCUUCUAGAGUUUGUUGAGAGGGUUCACUCAGCCAGCCAAUAUUGUGCUUCAGGCUAUGUGAAACUUAAAGAGAGACACAAAUACUGCCCUGUAAACUCAUGGUGUAAAUUCAAGAAGCGACUAAAAGAUGUUGACAAGCCCCAUCACCCUGAUGUGGUUUUUGUGAAGCAUCUAAAACCAAUUUACAGCAGGCUCAGCGACCCAGCUCUUCUGAACAGAUGUCUCCCUGGAAUCACACAGAAUGCAAAUGAAUCUAUUAAUGCUCUGGUUUGGAACAUGUUCCCUAAACACAAAUGGUAUGGGAAGAAGAGGAUUGUCAUUGCAUCUGCUUCAGCAGCACUGCAUUUCAGCUGUGGCGCAAAGGCCAAACACGAUGUUAUGGUCAAGGCUGGCAUUGGUGUUGGAACCUUUACCAAAACAGUAAGUAAAAGGAGAGAUUUAGAGAGAGUGUCACAGGCAGAGAAGAGAAUUCAGGGACAACACAAAAAUUACAGACUUGCCAGGAGCCAAGCAAGGAAAAGGGAUGAGAACAUGAGACUUAACAAAGAAGGCCCAACAUAUGAGGCUGGAGCCUUUAAUUUGUAGCCCCCAGGAGUGUAAAACUGCCUCGAUAUAGUUAAUAUUCUUUUCUUUUUAUUUCAAAAUUGUUUGAGAGUGAUAUUUUGGUGCUGAAUGAUGCUAUAAUCACCUUAAAUUGAUAUUGCAUUUGUUAAAGGAGGGGCUUUUCUCACAACUUUAAGAGCAGUUUUCUCAAAACUGCUCUUUUGCGGUAGUUGCCAUCUGCCCCCACCAUUUUUUUUACUUCAUUUUAUGACCAAUUUUUGUGAAAUUUGGUACAGGCUAUCAUUUUGAUGUAAGCUGUGAUCCUGUGGAGCAAAAUUGGAUUUAGUUAAAUAAUUGAGUAGAUAUUAGAUCAACUUCCUUAUAUGGAAGUGUUCGGUUGCCAUGGUAGCACCAAAGAUCCUAUUCCGAAUCUGCUCCAUAGGAUCACAGUUUAAUCCAUGGUAGUUGUGCCUGAGAAGUUUCAACCAUUUUCAAUGAA